AUGGCACCCACAUCUACUGCUUCUGAAGCAUCUUCAAACAAGAUUGAAGAAUCAUAUGCUGAAAUUGAUAAAAUUAAUUCCAAUUCAUGGUACACCCCUAUUGAUCAAAUUGCUCCCAAGGUGCAAAAAGUUACUGAUGCAUUCUUUCAAAGUCAAAAAUCUCAUGAUAUUCAGUUUAGAUUAAAUCAGUUGAGAAAUCUUUAUUUUGCUGUUAGGGAUAACCAAGAUGCUUUGGUUAAAGCUUUGGAAAAGGAUUUUUAUCGUGCUCCAUUUGAAUCGAAAGUCUUGGAGAUUGAAACUGGGUUGAAUGAGUUGGUUCAUACCAUGGCUCGUUUACAUGAAUGGAUGAAACCAGAAAAAGUCACUGAUUUACCAAUUACUAUGCAAUUAAAUCCAGUUUAUAUUGAAAGAAUUCCGUUGGGUGUUGUUCUUGUUAUCACUCCAUUCAACUACCCUUUCGUUUUAACUUUGGCUGCUGUAGUUGGUGCUAUUGCUGGUGGUAACCAUGUUGUUUUAAAACAAUCAGAAUUGACCCCAAAUUUCUCCAACUUGUUUUCAGAAGUAUUUGCUAAAGCUUUAGACCCAGAUACUUUUGUUGCUAUUAAUGGUGGUAUUCCUGAAACUACUGAAGUAUUGAAUCAAAGGUAUGACAAGAUUAUUUACACUGGUAAUGGUACCGUUGGUAGAAUUAUUGCCAAAAAGGCUGCUGAAAAUUUGACUCCUUGUAUUUUGGAAUUGGGUGGUAAAUCACCAGCUAUUAUCUUGGAUGAUGUUACCGAUUCAGAUAUUAGCACUGUGGCUAGAAGGAUUGCCUGGGGUAGGUUCACUAACGGUGGACAAACUUGUGUCGCUGUUGAUUACGUCUUGGUUCCCCAAAAAUUACAUUCAAAAUUUGUUGCUGCAAUGAAAAAGAUCUUGGAGGAGGAAUUUUAUCCUAAAUUGGAUAAAAACAAUAAAGAUUGGACUCAUGUUAUUCAUGAUCGUGCUUAUGGAAAUCUUACCAAGAUGAUUGCUAACACCAAGGGUGAUAUAGUUGUUGGAGGAUUGAGUCAAGCUGAUUCUGAAACCAGAUUCAUCCCACCUACUGUCAUUGAUAACGCCACUUGGUCUGACUCUUCAAUGCAACAAGAAAUUUUUGGUCCUAUUUUACCAAUUAUUGUGUACGAUAACUUAUCCAAUGCUGUAAGGGAGAUUGUUAGACAACAUGAUACUCCAUUGGCCCAAUAUGUGUUUACUAGUGGCUCAACUUCGCCAAAAAAGAAUCGUCCAUUGAAACAAAUCAUCACCAACGUCAGAUCAGGUGGUUUAAUUGUCAAUGACGUCAUAAUGCACGUUGGAUUAACCAAUGCCCCAUUUGGAGGUAUUGGAGAAUCAGGUUAUGGAGCCUAUCAUGGACAAUUUUCAUUUAGAUAUUUCACUCAUGAAAGAACCACUAUUGAAUCUAAGUUGUCAACUGAAAAAAUGAUGAUGUCAAGAUAUCCUCCAUUCACUCCUGGAAAGGAUAAAUUGCUUGCUGCUGCUCAACAGAGUUAUAAUGGUAAAGUUUGGUUUGGUAGGAAAGGCAAUGUCCCAGUCGACGGACCAAGCGGUGUAUUUAGUGUUUGGAAUACCAUUGCCGGAGUUUUCAGCUUGAUUGGGAAAUUCACCACUACAAAGACCAACUAG